GAUUUCUUAACAUAUAUUAAAUUAUUUGUGUUUGUACAACAGUUGUUACAUUAAAUCCAUUCCACAUGAAAAUGAACAGCAGGGUACGCUUCAACUGAGAAAGAUAAAUCCAACAGUGGAUUAAAUCAGUGUAGGGAUUAAGUGAUAGAGAGGCAGACACAGCUGUUUGUGAUUAUGUCAUUUACAGUGCAUCUUUCAUGGGGUGUGUGUGUGUGUGUGUGUGUGUGUCAGGUGGAAGAGGAGGAGGGUCAGCUGGUUUUGGACAGAAAUCCUCUGGAGUGGAGCGUAGACGAGGUCGUUCAGUUCAUCAACUCUACUGACUGUGCUUCUCUGGCAAACAUCUUCCAGGAACAGGACAUUGACGGUCAGGCGCUGCUGCUGCUGACUCUGCCCACUGUUCAGGAGUGUAUGGACCUGAAGCUCGGCCCCGCCAUCAAGCUAUGUCACCAGAUAGAGCGCGUCAAGGUGGCGUUUUACAGACAGUACGCCAACUGAUGACCUGCUCGGAUUUACUGAAUAUGGUGGACGUGCGCGACUAAGAGCGGUUGGAUUUGGCGCCUCCUGGUGGAACGUUUUUUCAAUUUGCAAACAGAAGGAUUAUUUUUUUGGAGCAGUUGCAUAAAACACACAAGACGGAGUUACAGGAGGAGAAGCUGGAGGAUUCAUUUCUGGAUUAUUGUCGGAGUAAAAUGUGACGCAGACUUCCGCCGCUCUCGACUGAACAAAACGCAUUGGAGUGGAUCCACGUGCUGUGAAGACGUUCUCCUGAAAAGCCGAGGACUCGUUUCUGAAGACAUUUCUUGCUUUUUAUUUCCAUUUUAUUUGUGACAGAGCAGCUUUAUAGCGUUUAAGUUAAAGAUCAUUAUUGACCUUUGAGAGUAUUUCCCCCUUUCUGUGAUAUGAUUGGUCCUGAAAAGAUCUAUUCACCAAUAUUUAACCAACCAAGAAGUAAUAUAUUUGGAAUAUUUAUUGUUAUCCUAAUUUAUGCGGAGGUCUAUCUAUUUGAAUGAAGAUGAAUUGAAGUUAUAUUAAUUUAAAAUGAAUGAAACAAACUCCUUAAACAUCUCACAAACAGAAACCAGGACGUGAGUUUAUUUAGAUU